AUGAUGCAACGUCGCUCCUUCGCUCCGGGAGCAGUGCUCAAUAGCUCCCUGCUGAAGCGUUACGUUCUUGCAGAGGCGCUCAUCGUCAGCAUUCAGCAGGUGUUUUUCCUAACCCUCCUCGAGACGAGGCCAUUCCUGGCACAUCUGGGCCAUGUGUCUCAGGAAGAUCCCUGGCUGCUUGGUGGACUGCGAAUGGCAAGUCAGGCCAUGGUCUUCGUUGCAGUGUCCUUUCCGCUUCGCAAGUCUCCCUGGCACGUUGAUCGCAGUGACUGGCUGACAGAACGAAGACGGACGAGAAUUAACUUAAAUAAAUAA